UCGAUCCUAUCCGAACAUGUGUGACAUGUGAAGUUAGCAGUGUUUUUGUCUCAAGGUUUUGAUUUUUUUUCUGACUUAUCGCCGACCUUGUGGCCAGAUAAAAAAGACUGAACUAUGCCGACAAUCGCAGUGCCGAGAGACUUGCUCUUUGAAGCGCUCGGGAGAACUUACACUGAUGAAGAAUUUGAAGAAUUAUGCUUUGACUAUGGCCUUGAGUUGGAUGAAAUUACGUCAGAGAAGGCAAUGAUCAGCAAAGAGCAAGGGGCGGAGAAAGCAGAAGGGGCAUCAGACGUGGUUAUCUACAAAGUGGAAGUACCAGCCAACAGGUAUGACCUACUGUGUCUCGAGGGCCUCGUCCGCGCUCUUCUGGUCUUUCUUCAGAAGAUCGACCAUCCUCGGUACGUCGCCACGCCCCCGGCUGAUGGCAACAUGGAACGCCUGGUUAUCAUGCCUGCCACAGCUCAAGUGCGACCGUUUGCCGUUGGAGCUGUCCUGAGGGACAUCACCUUCACCCCAGAGAAUUACAAGAGCUUCAUUGAUCUACAGGACAAGUUGCACCACAACAUUGGCCGACGACGCGCCCUGGUUUCCAUGGGAACCCAUGACUUGGAUACCAUUCAAGGUCCCUUCCGCUACGAUGCUGAGCCCCCAGAGAAAAUCAAAUUCAGACCGUUGAAUCAGACUAAAGAAUACACAGCUGUUGAGCAGAUGGAGUUGUACUCCAAAGACAGUCACCUUCGACACUACCUGCCUAUCAUCCGAGACAAACCUGUCUAUCCCAUUUUGUAUGACAGAAACAAUGUGGUACUGUCCAUGCCUCCUAUCAUCAAUGGGGACCACACCAAGAUCACCCUGGAGACGAAAAACGUCUUCAUUGACAUCACAGGAACCGAUCUGAACAAGGUGCAGACCUCGUUGGACAUCUUGGUCAGCACUUUCAGCCAAUACUGCUCCAAACCGUUCCAAAUUGAGAGUGUUGAAGUAACCAGGCCCGAUGGUUCCAAGAUGAUAACGCCAACUUUAGAAUACAGACAUGAGCAGUUGCCAGUUGACCUGGUCAACAGCCGGAUAGGCAUCAAUGAGAACGCUGAUGCCUUAGCCAAGCUCCUGACUCGAAUGUGUCUGAACAGCGAGGUCGUUGAAGGCAACAAGCAACUCCGCGUGGAAGUCCCUCCAACCAGAGCUGAUGUUAUCCAUGCCUGUGAUGUCAUUGAGGAUGUUGCUGUAGCUUAUGGCUUCAACAACCUGGUAGAGCGAAUCCCCCACACUAACACCAUCGGUGACCAACUGCCCAUCAACAAACUGACCGACCUACUACGGCAAGAGAUGGCCUCGGCUGGAUUCACCGAAGUCCUAACCUUUGCUCUCUGUUCAAGUGAAGACAUCUCGGACAAACUAAGGAAGGACAUGUCUACUACAAAAGCAGUCACCAUCUCCAACCCCAAGACCUUAGAUUUCCAGGUUGCUCGCACCUGUCUUCUCCCCGGCGUCCUGAAGACUAUCAGCAACAACCGCAAGAUGCCUUUACCCAUCAAGGCUUUUGAGAUCUCAGACAUUGUCGUCCAGACUAAGGAGAGAGACGUUGGGGCUCAGAACCAUCGACACUUCUGUGCUGUCCACUACAACAAGUCACCAGGGUUUGAGGUCAUCCAUGGGUUACUAGACCGCACCAUGCAACUGCUAGAAGUUCCCUUCUCCAAGGAAGAUGGGUACCAUUUGCAAGCAGUUGAAGAUGCUACCUAUUUCCCUGGCCGUUGUGCCGACGUCUGCUUCAAAGGUCAGAGUAUCGGACGUAUCGGUGUACUGCACCCUGAAGUGGUGACCAAGUUUGAACUGACCAAUCCCUGUGCGGCACUGGAGAUUACCAUCGAACCGUUCCUAUGAUGGCCAAAACCAUUCUAGACGUUGGACUCUGUUCAGGGUUAUUCUAAUUGCUUGUUUAUCCAGUGUACAUGUAGCGAUAUUUUAUCUGUAAAGAGCUCUCUUAUCCUUAACUUCCUAGGAAUUCUUACAAGGAACCUUCAGGAUUCCUCCAAAAUCUUCUACCUUGUGGAAGCAGGUACAAAAUGCCGUGUACUUUUUUGAGGGUCAUCAAGCCUCCUGUAAAACAGUGGCUGGGGUCUACCUUCCCCAAUCCUUCAAAAUCCUCCAGAACCACCUGAAGGAUUUACAGAGUUUUAAAGGGUUAGGGUUGGUGCUAAGCCUCCCAAUGAGUAAAUCAAUGACACAUUUUGGAUGUCACCAAAAGUAAGUCCCCAUACCCCAUGUUAAGGAAUAUGUAUUCCUGAAACCAGCAAAAGCCUACAAAUAUUGGGAUUUGGAGGAUUCUGCCUCAUCAAGGGUUUGAGCGAAAACAUGCAAGUUACACUUCGUAAGAUAAACAGUUUCCAGUGUACAAGUACAGCAAUUCGUCGUGUAUUGAAUCAACUAGAGGUAUACCACAUAUCUUCUGUAUAUUUUUUCAAAUUGCAGCCUGGUAUAGAGUAUCAUAUUCUUGGUAGACCCAACGCUACUUCCUAGUAGUUCCUUUUUUCUGAACUUUUUUUGGUUGAGGUAUCAAGCAUACUAUUAUAGACCUUUUUCCUGUGAUGUCACAAUCAUGCUGGACCGCUGAGUGUUAUGAUGGCAACGAGUGCAUAGCGUUGUGAUGGUAAUCUACCUAUUCAAGAUAAACUAGUCAAGCAUGCAGCGUUCCUACGUGCGCUUGCACGUGAUUGAAGCUGCCCGUAGGAAUACAUGUGAUCACCGGGGCCACGGCGGUCCACACGUAGUGGUAUUAUUCACACUUAGUGCAAUCCAGUCACGUGGGUGAAAAGGUCUAUACUGAUAUUGUGAAAGAUAGUUUGGUUCAUUAAAAGCCAAGAAGAGCACUAUGGUAGAACGCUGCUCACCGCUGCAAGGCCACAUUCAGAAAGAUGUCAGUGUUUAGUCUUGGCCAUGGAUAAAGAACACAAUGUGGGCGUUGCAUGUAAGAUUAUUGUUAUUGUUAUGUCUGGCUGACGUAAAGAAAUAUUUGUAAGUACCAAGCUUUGAAACUUAAAAUGAAUUUUAAUGGCAUUCUUAAAAUAAGGGAAAUCCAGACAUUGGGUAGGUGUUGAAUUCUUGGUCAUUAUUGUGGUGAAUUUAUUUCUACAACGUAUUUGUGGUCUUCUUGUGAAACUUCAAACCAUGCCUUAUGAAAAGUGAUUCAGAAGGUGAAGGGUGUUGUCUGAAAGGUGUACUCAGAGCAGUGACCAGUAGAAUUUAGCAGCUGAUUUAAAAGUCUCAGUAUGCAUGCAUGCAUGUCAUAAUGACCUAUCACCACGAAAUGUGCUGAAAGUUUGAAUUUUCAAAAAUUGAGAUAUUGGCAUUUUUGAAUUCAGCAGAAAGAGAGCUUUCCAAUGGCAUGUACA